CAUCUCACGGGACGCGGAGGCUGAUGAGUAAAAGGCCGCGGCAGGUGGUGAGAGGCGACUGAUUUGGGCCGCGGGCCGGAAGUCGCUCGCUUUUAUUUAUUUUUUCUUUUCGGAACUUCGAAAGGAUGCCUGAUUUGGGCCGGGGUAUGAGUUUUGCUCCUGCACCAGGUGAGCAGCGCCAAAUGGCACAUGCUGCUGCAGUAGUCACUAGUGAAUCCCUUGCCCACGCGUAGUAAAAGUGGUUCUGCUCUCAACUCGCCCACACAAACGCGCAUGCUUUGCUUUGCUCUCCUGGCUCCUGACCCCCUUUUUUCUCACACUUUCUGCCCACUCCCCAUCCUUGUCUGAAUCUGUCUCAACUUCAUGUUUGGCUUCUCUCUUUUUUUGCACCCCUGCUGCUUUUCCCGUGCAGUAGAAAGUGGCAUUUACUAACUAGGGUGGUUUAAUUUCACAAGGGUGGGACCACUCAGGCUGCCUGCAUUUAUGGCUACGGCGUCGGCGAGGCGAGAGACGCAUGCAUCGAACGGAACGGGGCGGAAACGGACAGGGCACGCCAACCGCCUACGCAUUCAUUCUCUUCUGUCUUCUCCCUCCUUCCUCCACUGCGCCGCACAGACUGCAAGAGAGAGGAGACGAGACUGCCUGGCUGCCUGCCAACUGACGCAAACCUUUUUUCUCUCUCUCUUGCUCAGCAGCAGCCAGCAACGCACGACGAGGCCGAGGAGUGCUGUACUGGAGUGGACUUUGGAGUCUGGAGUCUGGACACACCCCACUCCAGUACUCCAGUCUCCCAUCCCCAUCCCCAUCCCCCAUCUCCGCUCGCACGCGCAUCAUUGCUUCUUCUUCUUCUUCUUCUUCCCUCCCUCCCACCUCCCUCCCCUCCUCAACCAUACAAUGCUGCUGCUCACGCCGCAUUGCCCCGCCCUCUCCACCGCCGCACCCUGCUACUAAAUCUCCUCUUCCAAGUUCCAAUUGCCGGCCCCAAAUCCAUGGCCGCCAAAUGCGCGCUCCAGCUCCUGCUCCCACUCCUCCUCCUCCUGGCACCGGCCGCCGCCGGGGCCGCGGGCCCCCCCUGCCACCCGGACGACCUCCGCGCGCUGCGGGCCUUCGCCGGGAACCUCACGGCCGCCGCCGCCCUCCGCGCCGCGUGGUCCUCCUCACCCGCCGCCGCCUGCUGCGCCUGGGACGGCGUGGCCUGCGACGCUGCCGGCCGCGUCGCGUCCCUCCGCCUCCCCGCCCGCGGCCUCGCGGGGCCCCUCCCGCCGGCGCCGCUCGCCGGCCUCGCGCGCCUGCGGGACCUCGACCUCAGCCGCAACGCGCUAGCGGGGCCCAUCUCCGCGCUCCUCGACGCCGCGUCCCCCGCCCUCCGCGCCGUCAACCUGUCCUCCAACCUGCUCCACGGCCCCCUGCCCGACCUCGCUGCGCUCCCGGCGCUCCAGGCGCUCGACGCCAGCAACAACUCGCUCUCCGGCGCCCUCGCGCCCGACCUCUGCGCCGGCGCGCCGGCCCUGCGCCUGCUCGACCUCUCCGCUAACCGCCUCGUCGGCGCGCUCCCGUCCUCCUCCGACGUCAACGCCGCGCCGCCGCUCUGCGCCGCCACGCUCCGGGACCUCUCCCUCGCCUCCAACGCCUUCACGGGCGCCCUCCCCGACGCGCUCUUCGACCUCGCAGGCCUGCGGACCCUCUCCCUCGCCUCCAAUGGGCUCACCGGAAAGAUCACCUCUCGCCUCGCCGACCUCAAAAACCUCACCUUUCUGGAUUUGUCCGGCAACCGCUUCUCCGGCCACCUCCCGGACGUGUUUGCUGACCUCCCGUCGCUUGAGAAUUUGGCCGCGCACUCCAACGGCUUCUCCGGACCGCUGCCGCCGUCGCUGUCGCAGCUGUCGUCUCUCCGUGUGCUCGAUCUCCGGAACAAUUCCCUGUCCGGCCCAAUUGCUAGCGUCAACUUCUCCGGAAUGCCGUUCCUUGCUUCCGUUGACCUUGCUACAAACAAUCUCAACGGCACACUCCCUGUAAGCCUCGCCGGCUGCCAGGAGCUCAAGUCGCUCAGCCUUGCCAAGAACAGCCUGACCGGCCAAUUGCCCCAGGAUUACAGCCGCCUCACCUCACUGUCCAUGCUCUCGCUCUCCAACAACAGCCUGCACAACAUAUCAGGGGCGCUCGCCGUGCUCGGUGCCUGCAGGAACCUCGCCACACUGAUUCUCACCAAGAAUUUCAUCGGCGAGGAGCUACCGGAUGAUGGCGUUAGUGGGUUUGGCAGCAUGGAGGUGCUGGCCCUUGGUGAUUGUGCUCUCAGGGGAAGGGUUCCGGAAUGGCUGACUCGGUGCAAGAAACUGGAGGUGCUUGAUCUGUCCUGGAACCAAUUGGUUGGCACCAUCCCGUCAUGGAUUGGCGAGUUUGAGUACCUGAGCUACUUGGAUCUCUCAAACAAUACCUUGGUUGGGGAGAUACCCAAGAGCUUGACGCAGCUCAAGAGCCUUGUCGCUUCCAGGCCGUCACCGGGUAUGGCGUUUACUAGCAUGCCAUUGUAUGUGAAGCACAACAGGAGCACAAGUGGCCGGCAAUACAACCAGCUCUCCAACUUCCCGCCAUCAUUGUUUCUGAACGACAACGGCCUCAACGGGACUAUCUGGCCCGAGUUUGGUAACUUGAGGGAGCUACAUGUGCUGGAUUUGAGCAACAAUUUCAUAUCUGGGAGCAUUCCUGAUGCACUGUCCAGGAUGGAGAAUCUGGAGGUUCUUGACCUUUCAUCCAAUAAUCUCAGUGGAUCAAUUCCAUCGUCCCUGACAGAGCUAACCUUCUUGUCAAAGUUCAACGUGGCUCACAAUCACUUGGUGGGGCAGAUCCCAAAUGGAGGGCAGUUCUUCACCUUCUCCAACUCAAGUUUUGAGGGUAACCCUGGUUUGUGCAGGUCGGGAUCUUGCAACCUAAAUAUGUCUGUCGAAACUCCUCAUGAUAAGGAGAUGCAACCUGCAUCAAGUACCAGGAACAGGAAAAACAAAAUACUUGGGGUCGCAAUCUGCAUCGGACUGGCCCUUGCAGUAUUUUUAGCUGUUAUUUUGGUGAACAUGUCAAAGAGGGAGGUCAGCGCUAUUGAUUAUGAAGAUACGGAGGGAUCCUGUCACGAAUUGUAUGAUUCUUACUUGAAGCCAGUGCUAUUCUUUCAGAACUCUGCAGUGAAGGAGCUAACUGUCAGUGACCUCGUCAGAUCAACAAACAACUUUGAUCAAGCCAACAUAAUAGGAUGUGGUGGGUUUGGUCUGGUGUACAAGGCCUAUCUCCCUGAUGGAACAAAGGCGGCAGUGAAGAGGCUCUCUGGUGACUACGGGCAGAUGGAGAGGGAGUUCCGUGCUGAGGUAGAAGCACUGUCACAAGCUCAGCACAAAAAUCUUGUAACUCUCAGGGGGUACUGCCGCUAUGGAAAUGAUAGGCUGCUGAUCUACUCUUAUAUGGAGAAUGGUAGCCUGGACUACUGGCUGCAUGAGAGGUCAGAUGGUGGUUACAUGCUGAAAUGGGAGUCAAGGCUGAGAAUUGCUCAAGGUUCAGCCAGAGGGCUGGCUUACUUGCACAAGGUUUGUGAGCCCAACAUCAUCCACAGAGAUGUGAAGUCCAGCAACAUUCUUCUGAAUGAAAAUUUCGAAGCAUGCCUGGCUGAUUUCGGGCUUGCAAGGCUAAUACAACCCUAUGACACUCAUGUGACUACCGAUCUGGUAGGUACCUUGGGGUACAUACCACCAGAGUACAGUCAAUCCGUGAUUGCCACUCCGAAAGGAGAUGUCUUCAGCUUUGGUGUAGUCUUGCUUGAAUUGCUUACUGGCAAACGCCCUGUGGAUGUGUCCAAGUCCAAGGGAUCCAGGGACUUGAUCUCUUGGGUUCUUCAGAUGAAGUCUGAAAAGAAGGAAGAGCAGAUUUUUGACAGACUGAUAUGGAGCAAAGCGCAUGAGAAGCAACUGCUGUCGGUCCUUGAGAUCACGUGCAAGUGCAUUAGUGCAGAUCCUCGGCAGCGGCCAUCAAUUGAAGAAGUCGUCAGCUGUCUUGACAAAGUGUGAUUAUAAUUAUUAUUAUGUUGUGUUGAUUGGUAGUUUCUUCGUUUUUUAUCAGAUUAAGGCUAUGAGUUUUUGACAUAAGAGAGAAACAGAGUAGAAAGCAAUCUGAGUAAAUUUGGAUAAUGCUGAUGCAGGCUAUCUAGUGUACAUAGGUGUGGUGUCAUGGCAUUCUAUAGUGAACCAGAAAAUAACUUGGGUCGUGUUUUCGUUUUCAGUAUCUCAGUGUUGUUGCAGCCUUCUGUGAAAAUAUAAAUUCCCAUAUCAAUGUUCUUGCAGCCAUCUGAUCAGCAUUCA